UUAACCAGCUAAGGCAUCAGCAUCGAACGCUCCGCUCAAAUUUCUCCAACUGCGCCGAUGGAACGAAUUUCAGUGAAUGGAACUCUGACGUGGACUGCCGCCUGUUGAUUAUUGCAGUUUAUAGUAUAUUUAUUGCCCGUGUGCAGCUGAACGGAUAGACGGACAGUUUAAUGGCUAGUAUGCCCUCCAGGAGAAGACGCGACCUGAAAAGUCUGACCCUGACAUUGACAUACGUACUGGUCUUAUUCUGCCAUGUACAAAGUCAAGAUGUUGGGAGUUUCUUAGCAGGUUUAUUAGGAGCUUCUGAAGCUCCUAGGAACGAAUCAAACAGCGAUCAGCCACAGCUACCAUGUCCUGGAGAAUGUGUUCAUGCUCUCACUUCUAUUUUAUGCAGUAAAGUUAUAGAACAAUUUCAGUGCGGUGCAUCUUAUUUGAGAUGCUGCGUCAGUAGUGACUUUAACUUUGGAACUGUAGUGGAAACUUCUGCUCCUCUUCCUGAAGAAACUUCUACAGAGACAACAGCAGAAUAUAAUGUAUACCUCUUGACAACACAGGCCGAUAAAAACACGGCUUCCAAUAAUCCCCAGCAAUCAUCCCAGCCACAGCCAUCUGCAUUACCUCCAACAGCAUCCCAGACAGUUACUCCACAAACUAUACAGACGACUAAAAAACCUCGGCCGUGCCCAGGUAUUUGCGUAGAAAAUAUUUUCGUUCGAUAUUGCAGCGGUACUCUUCCUGAAGGGCAGUGCGAAAGGGGUACAACUUGCUGUUCUUCAAAUCAAGAUGAGGAACCACAGCAAGUGCCUCCUACAACUACUUACAAACCUGUUACAAGGCCCAAUGAUAAGCAUAUACAUGAAAACCCAAAGCCUAUUCAGAAUGCUGUAACUCCUGAGCCUUCGACUUUACCACCUAGUCCUCCUUGCCCUGGAUCAUGUGUUGCCCCUCUUUUUAGCCUCUUGUGUGAUGCUGUGAAUGAAAAUUAUUAUUGUGCCAACGAUGGUAGAUGUUGCAUUAGCAAUGAUGAAGUAGAAACGGAACCGUCGACCGCAGAUGCGGUUUCUCUUGAAUCUGAUAUCCCUUGCCCUGGAGCAUGUAUUCCUACUUUUUUGCAAGACAUGUGUAACUACCCCUCUGAAAUUAUACCGCAAACAGGUUGUGAGGGAGAUUUUAUUUGCUGUUAUCAACCAGAUUUGAAAGACCACCUGCAUGGUGAUGCGCCCCAGAUUCCUCUGUUACGUCCCAUUGCUUCGCAGCCUGAAUAUCAGGCCAUACCUCUGGGAUCUCAAAAUAAUAUACCCCACAUUCGGCCUCCUCCCAUUCCUCACCCUUAUCCACAAAGGCCACAAGUUCCGCCUGUGGGAAAACCUGUGCCUUCACUUAUUGUUCCGCAUAUCCACAACCAAGCUGGCGGAAAUCAAGGCUACAUAGCAGCAGGUUAUCCAGGAUACGUAGUUGCACCCCAAGUUCCAUCAUCAGAUAAUGGUCCAGCCGUAAAACCUGGUUAUCCACAAAAUGUGAAUUAUGGUAAUAAUCCUUAUCAGCAGCAGCAUUUUCCACAUGGAUCUGAAACAAUAAAUAUCGGAAUCGAAAACCAACAACCAGUGAGAUUAACAGUUAUGGCACCCCACUCUCCCCACAUAUCUCCUCAUGAGGAGGAACAAAAUUCAUACAAUUUCGAUAGAAGGAAACCAAAUAUCACUCAUAUACCUAUAAGGAAUCCAUCCGAUUAUUUACCAAAUAAACCUGCAUCUGAGAACGAACCAGUGCGUAUUAUUCCUUCUGCUUCUUCAUCUCAGAUUCAACAAGGAAGUAAACUUACAAAUAAACAAAAUCAGCAUAAUUCUCAUGAUCGUUUUGUUAAUAGUAAUAUAGGUAUUGCACCAGAUAGUUUGAGGCCAAUUCCAGUUGGCUUUCCCCAAAAGCCCCCUAAUUUGGAAAAGUUUCAUCCGCCUCCUUCUCCGGAAUUUUCUCAACCCAUACUAUCUCCACCCAGUGGUGCGCCAAAUGCGUCAACAAUUAUCGUGUUACAUAUGACAAAACCUACAGGCCAAGUAGACACAGUACACGAAGUAGUACCUCAAGCACAGGAUCCUAUGAAAACAACAUUUGUACCAUAUCAAGAAUCCUUCAGGCCUAUACCAAGCCAACGGCCCUUGAAACCACGUCCACAGUCUUCAUCAGCUCAGAAAACAGCGACAUUGUCGCCAGAGAUUGAGCCUAUUCACAUGUCUGAGGAAAGCAUUCUAAGUUCAUCAGAUAUUAAUUCUGAAAAUGUUAAAGUAGAACAAAGUAAAAAAGUUAAACCUGCUUGUCCGGGAUCUUGUAUUGCACCGUUCUUGAGAUUCACUUGUUUCGGAAAUAAUGCUAUUUACGAUGGUUUUGCCUGUGAACAAGAAGGAACUAUGUGCUGCACAUCUGUAGAACACAUAGAAAAGUACGAAGAGCAUUUAAAAACAGGGAAUGCUUUAGUACUAGUAAAACCAGAUAGUGGAAGUAAAACAGAUGCCACUGAUGAUACGAGUCGACGACCGGGUAUGUACGUCUGCGGAAUUAAGGGUAACCAGAGGAGGAAAACAGCUCGGGUCGUGGGAGGCAAAACGGCCGCUCCCGGCGAAUGGUGCUGGCAGGUAGCUUUGAUCAAUGCAAAAAAUCAAUAUCUAUGUGGUGGAGCCUUGAUUGGAAGCAGAUGGGUACUUACAGCAGCUCACUGUAUUACAUCGCUUGUUCGAAAUGGUGAAGCCAUUUAUGUUCGAGUGGGAGACUUUGAUCUUGCCAGUCAAUAUGGAAGUCCUGGAGCGCAGACGCAGAAAGUGUCCACUUCCUAUAUCCACCAUAACCAUAACGGACAAACAUUGGACAACGACAUAGCAUUGCUACGACUGGAAAAUCCCGUGCAAUUGCAAGAAAGCGUGUGUUUAGUCUGCUUACCAGCUCGUGGUGCUGAAAGUCAACCAGGGAAGAGAUGCACUGUCACAGGUUAUGGUUAUAUGAGUGAAACUGGCCCAAUCGCUUUGAAAAUACGGGAAGCUGAACUGCCUAUCGUAGAGGAGAAGCUGUGUACGGAACAGGUAAACAAAGUGACGGAAAAAAGAUUCAUUUUACCAGCAGGAAGCUUCUGCGCUGGCGGAGAAGCAGAAAACGAUGCCUGUCAGGGCGAUGGUGGCGGUCCUUUGACAUGUGAAAACGAAGGUUAUUAUGAGUUGACCGGAUUGGUAUCCUGGGGAUUUGGAUGUGGGAAAGAGAACGUUCCUGGAGUCUAUGUCAAAGUCUCAUCUUACAUUGGAUGGAUAAAUCAGAUCAUCAGUGUCAACAACUGAGCCUUAUCAUUAAUUAUUUCUCAUACGUAUCACAUUCUGAACCGAACACUGAACACUAGAAAUGAACUCUUCUUAAAAUGAUCUAGCAUAUGACUGAGUACUAUGUACUUUUAGAUGCAAUCAAUGUCUAUUGCAUAUUUCAUGUGCGUUAAUAAUGCUAUAUAUGUGAUCAUUUUAUCUGAAGAACUUAUGAGCGAAAAUAAUGAAUAAUUAUUUUUACAGAAAUUAGCAAAAUUAAUUGUACAAUCAAGUUAAAUUAAAAUUAUGUGUGCCAUGUAUUAUUUUCUUUUCUAAACGUAGACUGCUUUAUGAACGUUUCAAAUAGGCUAAAAAUAUACAAACUUAUUUUCAGUAUGCAUUGAAUUACCAAUCAUUUGAGGACAUGACUUUAACAGAAAGCGUUUAUCUGUCUUUCCUCCUUUAAUGAAUAUUAAACGUAUGUUUAAAUAUUUAAAUUGGCUUACAUUUUCACAAAUUCUUUUAUAUAGCUUGAUUUGACUACAAAUGUAAUGCACGUUAUGGACAAUUAUAAAUAAAAGAUAUAUGCAUAUAUCAUGCAGCCAUCCAAACAAGAAGCAGAAAAUCUUCGGUGUUAGCCGAAACUUUGUAAACUUAAUACAGCAAUAUACAGUAAAUAGAAAUAUUUGAAGACUAUGUAAAAAUGCAUCUUUCGCAACAGAUAUUUUGUGUUGUUAAAAGUAAUCUAAAGGAUAUUAUAUGUAGUAUUCUCGAUGUAAAAUAAUUGAAUGUUGCUAAUUUAUAAUUCAUCUAAAGUAAUGACAAACUAAAUUAUAGGAAUGUUUGAAAGAGAAGAUGUUGUGUUAUGUGUAUUUUUUACUACUCCUAUUGUUGCUUUACGUCUUGUUGUUGCUUUACGUCUCUUAUAAUGCAUCUUGUAUAUAAAAAACUGGGUCAAAAUGAAUAAAAUUAAUAUUAACUUUUU